AUGUCCAACCGCUCCACUCCCCUAAGCGACGUUCCCGCCGACACCAUGGAUGCCGACACUCAGGCUGCUGGUAUCAAGGUUGAGAUCAAGACUGAAGAUGUGGACCACCAGACGGCUCUCGAGCCUGGAGAGGGUCGCGCCGGAACGCCGGUUACUGUAACUCCCAACACGCCUCCCUCAGCCAAGCGCGCUGCCACCGAGUCCGCCGAUGAAGGGUCCACGGUGAAGAAGACGAAGGGAAGGGCGUCCCCCAAGAGCUCUACGCCUGCCCGUCAACGCAAGGCUCCCGUCAAGACGCCGAGCUCCGGUCGCACCAUCGCGACGUCGGUGGACCAACUCUCUUCUGAAGAUCGCCUGCUCCUCAACAUGAAGGACCAGGGCAAGUCCUGGAAGGAGAUUGGCGAAGCGUGGAAGGUCAUCACGGGCAUCGAGCCGGCCAAGUCGACGCUCCCCAACCGCUAUGCCCGUCUUCGCGCCAACAUCACGACCAUGAGCGAAACUGACCAGCAGCUCCUGCUCACGGCCAAGGCGUUUGUCGAGCAGAAGCAGGAGCAGGAGAAGUGGGAACAGAUUGCUCAGAGGAUGCAGGAGCUCGGUAGCGCAGAGAAGUUCUCCGUCACCGUUCUGCAGAAGCAGUUCCAGAAGAUGGAGGCUGCCAGGGCCCAGCCUCCGGUCAACCCCUUCGAGGACAUUGCCGAGUGA